AGCACAUCCUGACGUCAGCAGGAGGGCGUGUGUGAGUGAGUGAGUGAGGGGCCGAGGUGCCUCCUGCAUACCACACACACACACACACACACACACACACACACACACACACACACACGCCACGGAGAGUGCAUCAUCCAGACGUGACCCUUGCCAGCUAGCUCCACGGUCCAAAGAGAUCGGGUGCUGCCCACUACAGGAGACAGUGCCUGGACCCAGCUGCCACGGCGAGACGGAGUCCAUAGCUGGUGAGGCCAGUGAGCAGGGCGAGGCCAGGCCCUGCCCGAAAGGACACCAGAGUCCUUCACCGGCCCCUGUGCUCCAGAGCCCACCCGGCUCUCCUGCUGGCCCCACCAUGACAUCAGAGUCUACAUCACCUUCAGUGGUACCACCUCUCCACUCCCCCAAGUCCCCCGUCUGGCCCACUUUCCCCUUCCACAGGGAGGGCAGUAGGAUCUGGGAACGUGGUGGUGGCAUCGCUCCUCGGGACUUGCCCAGUCCUCUGCCUACCAAACGGACCAGGACAUACUCAGCGACAGCUCGAGCCUCGGCCGGCCCCGUGUUCAAGGGCGUCUGUAAGCAGUUCUCACGCUCGCAGGGUCAUGGCUUCAUCACGCCCGAGAAUGGCUCUGAGGACAUCUUCGUGCAUGUUUCCGACAUCGAGGGGGAGUACGUGCCUGUGGAAGGAGAUGAAGUGACGUACAAGAUGUGUCCCAUCCCACCCAAGAACCAGAAGUUUCAGGCUGUGGAGGUGGUGCUCACCCAGUUGGCUCCCCACACCCCCCACGAGACAUGGUCUGGCCAGGUUGUGGGAUCCUAGGCAGGUGGGGGUCUCCCCACGAGGAGGCAGGCAGCAGCCAGUCUGUGCCCCCACUGUGCUGCUGACCAGCCCUUGGGUGUACUUGUUUGUCCACCUGUCUGUGCUUGUGGCUGUGAAUGUGUGCUUCCACCUGUGACCCAUGACUUGUGUGAUCCGGCCUAGGGUUGGAUGGAGUGCGGUUACCAGCCGCGCCUUGGCCUGUCUCUCCUUCCUCCCAACUCUGUCACGUAAACACACCUUCUUACCCUCUUGCCCACUAUCUAUAUACUGAGUCUCUGUGGGUCUGUGUCAUGUUCUUCAGAACCCAGGGAGACCUCUCCCACGAGCCUGCUCCCUCACUGCUGUCUCCAGCACCCAGGCCUGUCUGCUUGUGUUCCUGUCUCCCGUGCUGGACCUGGGUGUCUACCACAGCCUGGACCCUUCCUCUCAGAAGCCAGGCCUCUGAGUGCUUUGUAGGGGACUCCUUUAGGGAGGGAGAGGGCAAAACGUGGAGAUUCAUGGCUAGUCCCUGAGAUAACCUAAUCCAUCUUCUUGUCCCCACCCGUUUGGUACCCUCAAAAGAACAUGGCUGCAAGCAGGAGGGGACUUAAGUGCUCCUGUUGUUAGGCCGGUCCUGUCUCCUCAGCUGGCAGAUGUUCUUUGAACCCCAUGGAGCUAAGGUCCCUCCUGAACUGGGGAAGCCAGGCUCACUCACUCCCUGAGGUGAGGACAUGGUUUCCUCCAGCUUGCUUGGACAGAACCAUCUCUUCUACCCGGGAUGCACAAACCCCGUGGAUGCUCUGCCCAGUGCUGGCCAUGACAGCAACUGAGGAUACAGCAAUGGACAUGUCACCUCAGGCAAGGCUAGGUCCAGGCACUUAAAGGAAUGGUCCUCAGUCAGAGAGACCACUGGCUUUGCCCUCCCCACAACCCCCAUCAGACUCUCUUCCCAGAGCUAUGCGAUGGCUCUUAUAAGCCCGACAGGCUAGCAGCUGAGGUGGCUCUUAUCUCGUUCAUCCUGAAGUGUGACUGUCCCUCUUACCUGGAGUCCCUUUGGAGCUAAGAUGUAUCCCUUCUAGAGAACCCAUUACAUAACUAGGGGAUAAGUAGGUCACAGGCUCAGAAAGGGCCUGGCACAGUAGUGACCUUUAUGAGACCCAGUCCAGAAGUCAAAUGUGAGCACAGAUGACCAGGAUGAAGGGGUCAGUGGUUGUCUAGGUGGCCUUGUAGGCAUUCCAGGACCACAGGGUAGUCAUUUGGGGAAUAUGCACCCCAACUUGUCCUAGUACCCUUUGCACAGAGGCCAGCAGCCUAGAGCUGCUAACAAGUGCUGACCAGUCCUCCACCCUGGGAAGGACCUGUCUGACACCCCACUGUGAACUAGGCUCCUCCAGCAAGGCCUGUCCCUGGAGAACGGUCCUCAGCAAGCUUGAGGACCUGAGUUCAAAUCUCCAGCAUGCCUGUAACCUAGCACUGUGUGAUACGACACAGUGCAGAUCCUUUGACAAGGAACUUGUUGGUUCAGGUGAACCCCAGGGCCACCCAGGCCUCCCUGUUGUGAGCAGGUCCUUAGCAGUCAUCACCUUGAGGCUGCCUGAGUGGUAGGGACAACAGGCCUCCUACCUACUCUUAGGCCCUGCAGCGCCAGGUCAGAAACUUCCCCACUCAGACCCCAGCCUCGGAUUCCUCAUCCCUCCUAACACUGGCAAUAAACUCAACUGUGAGCCACCCUGCCCCGA